AUGAAAUUUCUGGUGAAGAGACCAAACAUUGAUCAGAUCCGUUUGGCAGUGGUGAAAACGUGGGGCUUACAGGAGACGCCUAUUAUCAGUUUUAUGGAUUCAUCACACGUAUUGAUUCAAUUGAGAAAUGAAGAGGACUUUCUACACACCUGGGCUCGGGAACGAAGAUCAAUUGCGGGGAGCGUUUUCCGUUUGUUCAAGUGGACGGUGGAUUUUGAUAUAUACAGAGAGUCAUCUACUGCCCCGCAGUGGAUCUUUUUGCCUGGGCUCCCUCUCCAUCUAUAUAGGGUUGAUUGUUUGAAAAUCCUUGCAUCGAGGUUUGGGCGUUAUUUAGGAACAGAUCACGAGACUCUUAAUCGAACAAGAGCAACUGGGGCUCGAAUAUGUGUUGAGACAGAUUUGAGGGCAGAACCAGUGGAGGGUUUUCCUAUGAGGUUCCCAACUAGAACAUAUUCGCAGGAGGUAAAAUAUGAGAAACUCGAUUUCUACUGCAACAGGUGUGGAAGGCAGGGUCAUCCCGAAUUUGCUUGUAGGGUGGAUCAACCAAAGCAGGUACGAAGACGUAAAAGGACUAGGGAGGAAAAAGGAAAGGCUAAAAUGGAGUGGAAGAGGAAAGAGAUGGGUACGUUAGAGGAGAAACAAAUCGAGGCGGGAAAGGAAAAUAUGAGAAGUGAUGACAUUGUGAUUAAGACAGAUGUACGGAAGGAGGAAACUGAUUAUACAGUGGACAAUUCACGGAAUGUGGAGGUUCUUCCAGAAGGAGACCAUGGUGAAACUGGAAACUACAGCGGGUCGCAAGAUAGGGAACAUGCGGUAGAGAUGAAUGAUAAGGAGUUGGGAGAGCUGUUUAUUGAGCAUGAACAAGCACAAGUUACCAUUAAGAAUGUAGAGGAGCAUGAUGGUGGGGCUGGUAUGGAGUUGACGGUAUCGGCUUCAGGUGAACUCGCGGCAAGGGAGAGGCUUGAGCCUGACAACAUGGGGAAACCUGUUAAUAAUCAAAAGGACAGUGUUAUUACUCCUGUUGUUGAGGCAAUAAAUGAUGAGGAUGUCGAAGAAGAAAGAGCGAUUAAUGUUGGGUCAGAUUGUGAGAUAUCAGAGGUCCGUGGUGAUGCUUGUGAUCAGAGAGAAAAGGAUUAUAUGUCAGACACAGAAAUUAACAAAAUUGCAACAGGGCAGGGUGGUAAAAGGUUAACACUGAGUUUUAGUGGUGCCAGACCUUUACAUAGUGACCAGCGUAUGGCUAUGUUUGCUAAGAAGAUAAAUUUGUCGGGUUGGCUUUCAAAUAAAGGUGAGGGAGGUAAAAUUUGGGUUUUCUGGAGGGAUGACAUUAGAGUCGAGUGGAUUGGUGCUUCUUCUCAAACGUUACAUGGUAUGGUUCUGAAAGAUAAUCAAAAAAUUGUGGUUUCCUUCAUUUAUGCAAAAUGCACUGCUUUGGAGCGAAGGGAACUGUGGCAAGAGUUAGAGAGUCUUAGGAUUGGUGGCCUGCCUUAG